UAACGGUGAUUUUCGGUGUAGGCAAUCGGGUGCUGUAUAAGCUGGCUUUGAUUCCUUUGAAGCGCUAUCCAUUCUUUCUCGCUCAGCUCGCCACUUUCGGGUAUUUAAUUGUUUACUUUUCUAUUUUGUAUCUGCGGUAUCAUGCUGGCGUCGUUACGGAUGAGAUGCUUUCCAUGCCAAAGGGCCCAUAUCUUGUUGCUGGCCUCUUGGAAGCUCUUGGUGCUGCGACAGGGAUGGCAGCAGCGGCCAUUCUUUCUGGAGCAUCAAUUCCAAUUUUGUCUCAGACUUUUCUUGUGUGGCAAAUUAUCCUGUCAAUUAUUUUCCUUGGGCGGAGGUACAGGACCAAUCAACUUUUUGGAUGCUUUCUUGUUACCGUUGGUGUAGUCAUUACUGUAGCGAGUGGUUCCAACGCUGGGCAUUCCUUGAAGGAAGCUGGUAUAUUUUGGAGCCUUUUGAUGAUAAUCUCGUUCUUGUUUCAAGCAGCUGAUACAGUCUUGAAGGAAAUCAUCUUCUUGGAUGCAUCCCGAAAAUUGAAGGGCAGGACGAUUGAUUUAUUUGUUGUAAAUUCUUUUGGAUCUGCUUUCCAGGCAGUUUUCAUACUAGCUCUCCUACCAUUCUUGUCAAAGUUAUGGGGUAUUCCAUUUAGUCAACUGCCAAGCUAUCUUAGAGAUGGCGCGGCCUGUUUUCUAAAUUUUGGUACUUUAACUGGAUGUGAUGGUGCACCACUGCUACCUCUUCUUUUUAUUAUUGUAAAUAUAGGGUUUAACAUUUCACUGUUGCAUCUCCUCAAGAUCUCAUCUGCCGUGGUUUCUUCUCUUGCAUCCACUUUUUCAGUGCCAAUAUCAGUGUAUAUGUUCACCUUGCCGCUCCCGUACAUCGGUGUUGCUUCCUCUCUUCCAACAGGAUUUGUAGCAGGAGCCAUCAUUCUUGUUCUGGGCUUGCUCGUCUAUGCUUGGACACCAUCAGAAUCAGACCCUAACAUCGCCCCCACCCCCCACGCCCCAGUCACUUAAAACUGAAUCAACUUGUGCACCAUUGCUGUUAUGAAGCGCAGUGGAGCUCAGUAAGAAUCCUUAUUCUAGUGAGGAAGAACGACGCGUUCUUCUUCUUGUUCUCUACUUCCAAUGAAGAGUUUCAGUCUGGUUUGAGUGAUGGGGUGCAGAUUUCCAUGGUGGAGCAGAGGGCAAUUUGUAAGUUCAUAGAACAGAAAUGAGCCGAUGGGUCAUACAAUAAAUGAGUUGGUGAUUUUCUGAAGCACAAGUAGUUUAAGCUUUGAUAUAAUAGGCCAACAAUUUUCCAUUGAUGCAGUGGCCUCAGGUAGGGACUUUGAAAGCUUGUGUAAAGUAUGUCAAUUUGUAAUAUUAAGUCAGUCUUCCAAACGUUAUUUUCUUGUCGCUGCAAUUUUGUUCAUUUCAUCGUCGAUUGUCUGCAACUUGUGUGCAAUAAAUUCGAAUCCCACACCUAGAUUCUUGAGUA